AUGAACGCAUCUUUUUGCGAUAACAUAACACAAAUAUAUGCUCCCGCAGAACGGUAUGUAAGUCAGCAUGGCGAACCAAGAAACAUUUCGGUGUACUGGAACAGUGACAUAGCGCGUGCAGCUGCGGCACAGCUUACUGUCAUACUGCGUCACGCUUUAGGAUAUCAGUAUGUGCAUCUUCAAGACCCGAUGUUGGCAACCGGUGAAUUUUGCUACAGAAAGCCAUUAUUCCAAGAAAUCAAAUUGAUGGUGUCGAUGACAUUGGAGCCUGAAGAUGACGAUGACUUUGUCUUUGACAACGCGAUCAAACCAACUAUACAGGAAACCUUAUUUGUUCACAUAGCGAAGAGUUUGCGAGUUAAGAAGCAAUGCACAGACGCCGAUAUCAACCCAGAACAAUUCUAUAACGAUAUUUCUAGACUCACAGAUUGCGGGUUUGAAAUAUCGUCUACCAGUGACGGUCACUUUAUAUAUAUUUACCAUUUAAAGGCGAAUAACUCUACAAUACCUAAAGAAAUCCCAUUGAAACCAUCCCUAAUUCAGUUCAAGUGGAAAGCAGUCAAUCGUACGAACUUAUUCCGAAUGUUGCGAACGGGAAACCAAUCAUUACUGUUUCUUGAUUAUAAAAUAUGGGAUGGAGAUGAAGAUGUAAGUAUUGUAGAACAGGAUCCGUACGUACAUCCCUAUUACUUUAGAAAUAAAAAAGAAAAUGAUAUUAUUAUAACAACAAGGAUGGAUGUUGAAUGUAACGAAGAUGAAUUUGCAUCUCAACUUUUCCAAAUAUCAAAAAAGUUUUCACCUUCUCUUCGAUCUUUAAGAUCUAUUCUUGAAAUAGAAAGCAGUGGCCAAAGUAUCGAGGAAGCUAAUUGCGAAUGGAUUUCUCAAGACCGUACUAUAAUUGAUAAAAUAAUACAGAUAUAUAAACCUGAUAAUAAAGAUUACAAAAUAAUGACUUUUUCUUGCGAAGGGAACGAUUAUGAAUUGGAGUUAAUUACUACUCUAGGUGAGUUUAUAUCACAGCAUUAUUUCAAAAUAUAUUUAAUCAAUUAUUCUGAGGAUUGUACCAAUUCUUCUUAUGUGAAGAGUCUAUUGAAUUUUAUGUCAAAAGAGAUAACACCAUCACACGUCGGAGUUGUAAUAGGUGGUGUUAAGAAUGUAACGGAAUAUGAAGUCACUAAACUCCUAGACAGUUCUCCCUUACCUGUGUUUUUGUUUGAUACGAUAGAUAUUGAUGUUGAUUUAACAAAAUCAGUGUGGCUCACCAAUGGACGAAUGAUUCAUAUAGUAUUGGCAAUCCAACACUUUAUAGGCAACAAUUACAUAAACCAAGUGACAGUAUUAUCUGAUGUGACACCAACGGCAGAAUGUUUUAAUAAUAAUUUAAGAUUAUUGUGCGGCUCAACAAUUUUGGGUUACUAUGUGUCUAACAAUUCGACACUGCGAAUAGUUAAAAAUAUUUUACAAAAAAUAAUAAAAGCAAAAACAAAUAUAAUAAUACUGAAUAUGAAUUAUGACAACGCUUUAGCUUUACUGUCGGCAGCAGUGAAACUAGGUGUAAAUGUAGAUAAAGAAUUCACCUGGAUAUUCCGAGACUGGAAACAGACUAAUAUAACAUUGAAUGUAACGUACGUAACAUUUUCGCUGUGGUCUCGGAACGCCAAUGAUAUGUAUAUAACUAAUAAUUGGUUGGAUAUUAAAAAAGUAAUGAAAACUAUAUGGCCAUAUGAUACUUGGAACCCCAAUAAAAUGGCAUUCAUAGAUGCAGUUUUGACUCUAGUGAAAGGGUUCAAAGACGUUACGUUGAAAUACCCACAGGCACGCGACGACACGCAAAGUAAAUAUGUUACACAGCAAUUUGAAAGAAGUCUCGCAGAAAUAAGCCCAGUUCAAGUCGUCUUCCAAAAUCUGACGUACAAAGGACACUCCCCGGAAGACGCAGUUGUGUUCGUGGAGAAAUGGGAAGGUGGUCAACAGAAGCUCUCGGUGUGUGAGUACAUACAUUACUCCGCUAACGCUGUAUACUCUAAUUCAUUAUGCCGCUCCAUUCAGCAAGACUAUUUUUCUCAGGAGCUGGAUUUGCUGCUUGAAACAAUCUGCAGCUUUGAUAGAAUACCUCUCUGA